AUGCUCCACACUCACAAGCUCACAAGCAACCGUCAGGUGUGCAGGUACGACAGCCGUGCGGCGCCGUCAGGUGUGCAGCUCAAACUCUUCUUCUUCUUGUGUUUUUGUCGUUUGCAGAAGAAAAGCAAAGGCAAGAAGGGAGGGAAGCACCAGAAAGACAACAACCACCAAGAUGAGGGAGGUAAACGUGCGUCAGGUGAGCAGGACGUCUGUCUGGAGAAGCAGCUCGAGCGCUUUGAGUGGCAGCUGAGGAUUCUAAAGGAGGUGCUGUCAGCCAAUGGGAACCCGGAGAGGGCGGAGCUUCUGAAGGACCAUGCAGAUGUGGAGGUGUGCGGCCUCGUGCUCAGUAUCCUGGACAAGGAGAGAACGGAGACGACGGCUGAUCUGAACACGCUGCAUGAACAGAAGAGUAAAGCGGCUACUGAAGAACACGAGAGGAGCUUAGAAGAGCUGCAGAAGAAACACGAAGAAGAACAAAGUGAACUGACGGAGAAGUUUCAGACGACUGAGAACGACCUGAAGGGUGAAGUGACGCAGCUCACGGCAGACCUGCAGGUUUACAACGAGCUGAAGAGGAGAGUCCAAGAAUCAACGUUCAAGAAGGAUCUGCAGAGAAACAUCCAGGCGCAUGGCAGCCCAGGUGCAUUCUGGGAGUCGGAGCAGGAGUCUCUGGUGUUCGUCAUCGAGAUGAAGAGUCAGCGAGUUCAGGAGCAGAGCAAGAAGCUGCAGCAGAUGGACGCUCUGGUGGAGAAGAACUUGGCGCUGGAGGACCAGAUCAUCCACGUCCUGCAGCAGAACGAGGAUCUGAAUGUUCGGAUAGAAAACUGUCAGACGCUCAUUCAGCAGUUAUCAAAGGAGCAGCAGGACCUGAAGGUGGCGCUGGAGAGGCAGGCAGUCACAAACCAGAAUCUCUCUCAGGAAAAAGAGCAGCUGAUGUUCAAACUGAGACACAGAGACUCGUGUCCGACCAUCCACCUGCCCGCCAUGAUGCAGGAGAUCUCGCCCAGAUGAUCACAUGACCCCCCCCCCUCCCUGUCACUCACUGUAGAUAGAAACUACGCCCUGUUCUAUUCUCAAGGUAAACUCAGACUGGACCACCAACCAACCUGAAGAGCAACACCUCUGCUACUCCGGGUUCAGGUCUCAGGUCUCCAAUCUGGAUCAGGUCUACAUCACUGCAAAACGACACAAAACUCAGUGUUUCCCAUUUUUACUGCAACUCCAUCGUUAGACGUUCCAACACCAGAGUGCAGCUCCACCUCAGACGGACUGCAGACCCUGACGUAGCUCUGCGGCUCCUCUGUUGCUGCUGCUACGUGGACUUGAAGCUGCGUCUCACCCUACUGAGCCUCGGGAAGUUAAAUGUACAAUGUAAUGAAAGUAUAAUGACGGGACACAGCAACCUGUCACCAGACAGUUGGAGGAUCUCUUUACUGACAGAUCAUGGUGACGGUUUAAGUGUUGUGAAAAAGCCUAAACUGAGAUGCUGUUCUUCACCGGUGAGGCCCUUAAAGUGACAGAGGAAAUAAGAAGCAGGCUUAGACUGAUGGAUCAGUGUGACAGCGUUCUGUGUGCUUGGUCACACCAGGAAAAGUUGCGUACAGAAGUCGGCAUCCCAUCCGGAAACAGAGAGGUGGCUAGCUACUGUAGCUGGAUAUCAAACCAGUAAAACACUUCCUGUCCACUGACUGCAGGACUAACUUUAGAGGUUUCUCUCGACCUGUUUUCUUUAAACAUUUCCUCCUGUUGUUGAUGCUUCAGUGUGGCAUCGAACGUGCCAACAGAAGAAGAAGAUAGCACGAGUUAGCUCGCUGCUAUGGCUGCCAAGCUUCACUGAAAAACGAUAGCUAGCUAGCAGGUAACUGAAGACUGAAUACUUCCUGUUUAAUGAAACUAGUGAUGGUUCAAAACGUUAGCUCCCAGGCUGCGUUAGCAUCGAACUGCAAGUCGUCUGUUUAGCGUGGAAGCAGACGAGAAAACAGGUUAGUGUUGGAGAAGCCAAUAAAACCGGACGGUGCAACAGAGAUCGCUGAUAUUUUUAGUAUUUCCUGUUUAUCGUACUCUCCGUCAUCGGAUUUUACUGUCUUUGUUCACACGGACGUCUACGGCAGAGGAUAAGGGCCCCAUUAAGAUUUCAGUGAUAGAGAUAUAAAUUAAAGACAACAAAGUCUCAAUUUUAAAAGAAAACAAAUCCGAAUAUUACCAGAAAAUGGUCGUAAAUUUACGAGAAUGACGUCAUAACAUUACGAGAAUAAUAUCUUAAUAAUACGAGAUAAGUCAUUGAACGAGAAUGAAGCCAUACAGUAAGAUCACGACUUUAAUCUCUUAAACUUUACGAUAAAAACCGUAGUAAGAAAAAAAAAAAGUCGUAAAUUUACGAUUUAACAAGAAAUGCCGUAAAUUUACGACUUAUUCUCGUAAAUGUACAACCUUUUUUUUUGUGAAGUUGCAAGUUUGCUUCUUUUUACUUGUAAUGUCGUAAAUUUACAACAUUUUCUCGAAGUCUUAAAUUAGGACUUUUUCUUCUCACGCUGUUCUUGUAAAAUCGGAAAUUUACUUUCUUUUUGACGACUUUUUCCUUGCAAAAAAAAGACGACUUUUUUCUACCAAAUUUACGAUUGUUUUCUUAUGUCUUUUUUCCUGCAAAUUUACAACUUCUUCUUUUACAACUUUUUUCUCUAAAAAUAUUAUAUUUAUGAUUUUUUUUUCUUAUGACCUCAUUCUUGUCAAGUCAUAAAUUUACAAUAAUGACAUAACAUUACGGGAAUAAUAUCUUAAUAAUACGAGAUAAGUCAUUGAAAGAGAAUGAAGCCAUACAGUAAGAUCACAACUUUAAUCUCGUGUAAAAACGUGGUAAGAAAAAAAAAGUCAGAAAUUUCCAACUUAAGAAGAAAUGACGUACAUUUACGACUUUAUUCUCGCAAACUUAGAACUUUUUGUCUUAUUACUUUUGUCUUUUAAAGUUGCAAGUUUACUUCUUCUUUCUCGUAAAGUCGUAAAUUUACAUUUCCUCGUAAAGUCUUAAAUUGACGACUUUUUUCUAACAUUUUUCUUGUAAAUUCAGAAAUUUACAAUUUUUCCACAACUUUUUCCUCACAAAUAGUGAAGGAAAUUUUUCUUCCAAAUUUACAACUUUUUAUGGUACGACUUUUUCUCUCUUAACAUCUUAAAUUCCUGACUUUUUUGUUUUACGACCUCGUUCUUGUCAAGUCGUGAACUUCCAACUUUUUUCUUGCAAAUAAUCACGUUGUAAUUUUUUUUUUUAACUUCCGGCUUUUAUCUUGUAAAGUUCUUUCUUUGGUCUCCCUCAGCGUUUCUCUAAUCCUCUGCCGUAGAUGUCGAUCUUGUGAAAGCAGUCCCAACUCAAAUCAAACAUUGAGGCCGAAGAUUCGUUUGUUUUUUAAACUCUGACUGUUAAAAUCUGCCGAUCAAGGCGAUCGUUAAGCUGAUACUGAAACACUGGUUUAACUAAAGUGCCUCGGACGCUAUGUCAACGUAAGGCUUGAUCUCAUGAGCCCGUGUGUUUGAAGGGGUCAGUGGUCUGAAGUUGACCCGGCAGAACUGAAUCUUCGAGAGAAGCUUGAGCUGAUUUUGUUAAAGUACUCGAGGACUUUAAAAGGUGCCGAAAUGUUCAAACUUACAGCAUUUCUUUGAGAAAGCCAUAAAUGUUCCAAUCAAAUGUAAACUUCCCAGAAAGAUUUGAUUUUGUGUUUCUUUUAAGAUGUUGAAACAGUCGAUGUUUAAAACCCUGAAGACCCCGUCUUCACUCUACGGCUAAACAAAGCCAACCUGUAGCUCUCCUCCCUCGGCCGGUCCAACCUUCAAACUGUGACGUUCGUUAAACCCGGUGCCGAAUGUUUUCAUUUCAUCCUUCUCUUUUCUGUCUUUUACCCUCUUUAUGUUUUUAAUGCAGAGUGUGUGCGUCGCUGCUGUUUGGAGAGACACCACUACAUUUUCACUUCAGAUAUGUAGCCUGUAUAAACAGUGUUCAGGGAUUCAAAGGCAAGUAACACAGAGUCAAGUUUUUCAUAUCUCAGAAUCUUUUUUUCUCAACACAAACUUUUUGUUUUGAAGUUUUUAAAGAGAUUUUAUCACCCGAUACUUAAAAUAGAAAACCCUUCAGAGAGAGGUUAGUCCAUGUUAGCUUCCUGCUUUGAGAUUAAUGCUAGCAUAGCAUGCUAACACGACAAUGUUAGAAUUCGAACUUGAUGAAACACGAGCUAAAAUGUGAGCCAUGGAAGUGAUGAUGUCACAUGAUGAAUGCCAUACUGUUGAAAUGUGUUCAAAUACUGUUAGCAUGUUAGCAUACAGCUCAGUUUGUCUUUGUUUUUAAAAUUGUUACAGUUUGAGCGUUGGUUUAAAAUUAUCCAUCAAAGUGUUUGCUCUCCACCUGUGUUAUGAGCAUUAAACACUGCUAAUGUUGCUAACGUGGCUAAUGUUGCUAACGUGGCUUUAGGCGUCUGAUUGUAGCAGAAAGUGAUUCGGCAAAAUUCAGCCUGCGCUAAGUACAUGGGUGACCGGAGCCACUUUGAAGAACAACCGAGAGCUUAUCAAUCAAAUGCUAGCUAGCUAAUCAGCAAAGUCGAUCAGCAGUUAGCCAACUAGAUUAUCAUAGAACAAGCUAGCUAUUUAGCAGGCUAAUAUGGCGAAUAUCAUGUUGGCAAGCUAGUAUCAUGCUAGCACGUGUAAGCCAAAGUAGGUCAAUCGGUUGACUAGGCUGCUUCGAUUCCACUUAACUUACGACAUCUAACAGGUAAAGUGUCAAGUGGCAAAGCUAGCUAACACAUUCUAUCUACUAGGUGAAAACUAGCAAUAGCAACCCCUAAAAGCUAACGUAGCUACGUUAAGUACCGGAUAAAAAGCGAGCUAUUUGGAAUUUCAUGUAGCUGGUGAGCUAACUCGUAGCAUUAUAGCUUGCCUGUAUUUUGCUGCCAUUGGGAAGUUAAAGUGACUGCUACUUAGCUAGCUAACAUAUUAAAGCUAACUCUUUGAUGGCAUUAGGACGUUUUUGGGGGGGAAAUUUGGGAGGCUAUAGUCGCUGGUAUGCUAGCUAAUUACCUUCCAGCUAGUUGGUAACAGCAAGCUAAAAUAGCUCAUGAAGUUAGCGGGUUUAAGAGGACACGAAAAUGCAUUUUAUCCUACGAUGAAUUCUCUUUUGUUUUUUUGGACUAGUUAGCUCUCACAUGCUAGCACCGUUGAAGCGGUUAGCAGCGUAGCGACAGUGCAGACUCUUGUUACCCAGUUUUCCUUUUACAUUAAGAACAAUCACAGAACGUAAGUCACUGUAAACUUUUUGCCUUUAAGCGGUCAGGUGAGAUUCUUUGUUAUUUUUUAAAUGUGAACGUCGAUGCCACGAUGGUUUAUUUUUCCCCUUCUUGUUAGCGUGACGUCAGUUUACGGGAUGUCACGUUUUGAAUUGCCAAAAAAUAAAAAGUGUAAGUGUUCCGAAA